GAUGUGGAGCGCCACUUGGCCGCGUGAAGUACGAAAUCUUGCUCGAGAUUUCUUGGGAGACAACUAUACCCAAUUGACCGUUGGAUCAACCGAACUGUGUGCCAAUCACAAUAUCAAGCAAAUCAUCAAAGUUUGCGAAGAGAAUGAAAAAUACGACGUUUUGCUCGACAUUAUUACAGAUAUCCAAAAGCUCGGUGCGAACGAACAAAAAACCUUAAUCUUUGCACAAACCAAAAGAUUGGCCGAUGAGCUUUCAAACCAGCUGAAUCGCCGGGGAUUCAAUGCAGAACCCAUUCACGGUGGCCGAUCACAAUCGCAACGUGAGAACAUUUUGGAUGCAUACCGAAGGAACAGAAUUAAUGUGCUUGUGGCCACCGAUGUGGCCAGUCGAGGUCUUGAUGUGAGCGACAUUAAACAUGUUAUUAACUUUGACUAUCCAAACACCACAGAAGACUACGUUCAUCGUAUCGGCCGAACGGGUCGCUCCAAAUCAAAUGGCACAGCCUACACAUUGUUCACUGAAGAAAAUGCUGCUCACGCCAGCGACCUGAUAGGCGUUCUUGAAGAAGCCAAACAAGAAAUUGACCCAGCUCUUAUUCAACUGUCGAAAAUUCGAUUCGGCAAAAAACAAAAGUUCAACACUUAUCGCGACUUUUAAGAUCAAUAACAUUAGAUAAUAGACUAUCAAAAUUAAACAAUAUGAUGCUACCAUUGGAUGCCAUUGUAUUAUUCCUAUGGAUGCUAGAUACAUUUAUAAAUAUCGAAGGAAUUGAAAUGCUUCUUCAACAGUAAAAUUCGGUGUCAUUUUGUAAUUUUUUUUUCAUAUGUGAAGAUUUACUGUGUUGUUUUUUGUUCUCGUUCUUCAUGCAUCAAUGGAAAUUUACACUGAUAAAAUCAUUGAAAACCCUACAAAGUCCGAACAUUAUUUUUUCGCUUUUUGACAUCUCACGUCAAAUCACACGCGCCGCAAAACAUAUGAUAUUGAAAUGACACCGAAAACAAAAAUUGUGAAAUGCAUUUUUUUCGCCCGCGGAAUGCCAAUUUCUGAGUGAAUGUGAAAGAGAUAAACAAUAAAAAUAAUGUUGUCAACAAAGCGACUCGGUUUGUUUUGUUCUAGAACAGCGUUCAGAGGAAAGUAUUCGAGUUUAUCAAGUAGAAUCAUACGUGAAUUUUCUUCGAAAAAUAAAAAUAAUCACAACAAAAACCACCCAAAAAUUGAAGUUACUGCGAAAAAUGACUUUGUUACUCAUCAGUUAAAUUCAUCCAUUGCUGCACAUUUGAAACGACAACAAAAACUGUGGAAUCAUGCCGUUGAAGAGGAAGGACAGUUGCGUGAAAGUAGAAGAAUCGAAUAUUAUUUCGACGAAAAAACGGGCAAAAUUGAACAAACGGGAUAUGAUGGCAGGAGUAAAAUGGGGAAGAAUCAGUCACAGGGCUAUAGUAAGAAAUAUCCAAAUGAUGGAGGCGACACUAGAGUAAAUCAGAAAGCCUACAAUGCUCAGAAAUUUGAUAGUGAUGAGGAUGAUCUUAGUGAAAAUGAUUCAGAUGACUUCAAUUUAGAUGAAUUAGAAAUACCCAACUGGGAAGCUAUGAACUUGGCUACGAUAAAAAAGCAUUUUUACAAACCCAGUACAACAACAGAAAACCGCUCCACUGAUGAAGUUCGAGAAUUCCGUACCAACAACCAUGUCACACUUAGUUCUACUAGUCUAAAGCCAAUCUUUAGGUUCAAUGAACUCAACGACCUGCCCCAAUCUAUGAUAGGUGAAAUUGAAAGGAGAUAUUUACUCGAGUGCACUCCAAUUCAAUCUGAAGGGAUACCGAUUGCGCUCUCUGGGGGAAAUAUGAUAGCCAUCUCUCCAUCGAGCACCGGAAAAACUUUGGCGAUGGUUUUAUCCGCGGUAAUUCACAUAUCACAUCAAACACCCUUAAAUUUGGAAAAAGGUCCCAUUGCAGUUAUUUUGGCAUUGACUCAGGAAAUAGCAGAGGAAAUUCGACAAUUAGCUGAUACCUUUUGUCAUGAAGCAAAAAUCAAAUGCACAGUUUUCAAGAGUAAUGGUCCUCACAAAGCGAGGAAUAACACCAAACCAAAUGAUGUUGGUGAACUUCUAAUAGCAACACCAUGUCAUUUAUAUGAACUUCUCCGUACAAAAUCGCUCAGCUUGGAGAGAUGUUCACAAUUGUCGCUGUACGAAGCCGACAAAAUGAUUGAAAUGUGUUUGGAAGAGGAAAUUUUACAAAUUGAGUCUCAAAUCAGACAUCAAUGUCAACGAUUAAUCUGGAGCUCUUCGUGGACGAGCGAAUUAAGAAAACUCACUGUCAAUGAUUAUAUUCGAUUAGAUGUUGGCUCUGCUAAAGUCAAAGAGGAGUUAUCGGAAAAAAUCAAACAAAUUGUCAAAGUAUCUGAGGAAAAGAAGAAGAAAGACGAGUUGUAUGAGAUUAUCAAUUUGAUUGCAUCACAAAAGGGCAAACAAAUGACACUUAUCUUCACUGAAACACCCGAAAAAGCAGAUCAAAUUGCCAAUAUUUUACGAAGGAAAGAUUACCAAUGCAAAUCGUUGCAUAAUCAGAAGUCAACAUCGCAACGACAUGAAAUUCUGUCAGAUUUCCAAUAUGGGAAGUUUCCAUUUUUAGUGCUGACUGAUGUAGCAGCGAAAAAUGUAAAUUUUAGCGAAAUAACAGAUGUUGUUAAUUUUGAUAUGCCACUCUGUAUAUCGGAUUAUGUGCAUCGCGUUAGCAGAACGGGCCGAUCAGACCAUGGAACAGGCACCUCGUAUUCUAUUGUUUCGGAGGAAGACGGAGACUUAGUUGAUGAUUUAAUCGGAAUACUGCAACAGUCCAAACAAACAAUCGAUCCCGCUUUAUUCAUACUGAAAGCAGCCAAUGUGGAUUCCGAUGAUGAAGUUGCAUUUGCUGUGCCAGAGGGAAAAGGAUUCAAGAAAUACGUUAUUGACCAUUCAAAAAAAUAGAUAAGAGAAUAGAAUUUAAUAAUUUAAAAAAAAAAUUAGAAUUCGACAAUUUUCGAAUGUUUGCAAACAUGGCUGUGAAAAAAUAAGAAGAAGUUCUUGUUUAUUCUCUUUUUCAAUACAAUCGAAAUAAAAUCACAAUUGUUGUUUGAUAUAAAUCAAGACUUCGUUCUUUGAAUACAUGUGAAAUCUAUCAGAUAAACGUAAACAAAA